AUGUUAUACUUGAUCGGCUUGGGAUUGUCCCACGAAACGGACAUCACUGUCCGUGGGCUUGAGACCGUCAGAAAAUGUGAAAGAGUCUACCUCGAAGCAUAUACAUCGAUUCUUAUGGCCGCAGACAAGGAGUCUCUUGAGAAGUUCUACGGUAAAGAGGUGAUUCUUGCAGACAGGGAGUUGGUGGAGACGGGAGCUGACCAAAUUCUCAAGGAUGCAGACAAAGUUGACGUUGCGUUUUUGGUGGUGGGUGAUGUUUUCGGUGCUACAACCCACACUGACUUGGUAAUUAGAGCCAACGAGCUCGGCAUCCCAUACGAGCUGAUUCACAACGCCUCAGUGAUGAACGCUGUGGGUGCUUGCGGCUUGCAACUAUACCAAUUCGGCCAGACUGUGUCGUUGGUGUUUUUCACUGAGACCUGGAAACCAGACUCCUUCUACGCCAAAAUCAUGGAAAACAGAAAAAUCGGACUCCAUACCUUGUUGCUUUUGGACAUCAAGGUAAAGGAGCAAAGCAUAGAGAACAUGGCCCGCGGAAGACUAAUCUACGAGCCCCCCAGGUACAUGGACAUCAAAACUGCUGCCCAGCAGUUGCUAGAAGUUGAGGAGACCAGAGGUGAGAACGCUUACACUCCAGACACUCCUUGCGUGGCUGUAUCUCGUCUUGGAUCUCCUACGCAGAAGUUCAAGGCUGCUUCAUUGAAGGAAUUGGCUGAUUACGACGCUGGUGAACCUUUGCAUUCAUUGGUCAUGUUGGGUAGACAAGUGCACGAGUUGGAGUUGGAGUAUUUGUACCAAUUUGUAGACGACAAGGAGAAGUUUAGGGCACUUGUGGAGGCCGAUCAGGAGUUCUUCAAGCCUCCACCCUACGUUCCUCCAGAGGAAAAUUUGAGCGAUUAA